AGCGCAGGAGCCAUGCGCGGCUUGGAGGAGUACGGGCCUCGCCCCACAGCGACCCCGUGCGGGUGCGUGAAGCCGGCUCUGGAGACAGGUAACUUCUAAGAGACUGAAGGUUCCGCAUUCAGAAGAGCCCUAAGUACAUGGAGCCGACCGCACUGCAGGGAAGGACGGGAAAUGCGAGACCCUGAACGGACGGAAUCUUUUAACUGAGCCAAUUGGUUACUUGGAAUCCUGUUUCUCAGCCAAGAAUGGGACUCCCAGGCAGCCAUCCAUUUGUAGCCAUUCACGGGCUUGUUUGAGGAUUAGAAAAAGCAUUUUUAAUAAUCCUGAGCAUUCCUUGAUGGGCUUAGAACAGUUUUCUCAUGUUUGUGGUUUGGUUUAUCUUCAAUAGGAUUUUGUUUGUUUUUCACAAAAACGGUCAUUUGAGCUGUAAGGCAAAAGUGCAGCCUCCCAGGCUGAAUGGUGCAAAGACUGGCGUUUUCUCUACAAGGAGCCCACAUCGUCCCAAUGCAAUAGGACUGACCCUGGCCAAACUGGAAAAGGUAGAAGGUGGAGCCAUAUACCUUUCUGGAAUCGACAUGAUUCAUGGCACACCGGUACUAGACAUAAAGCCCUACAUAGCUGAUUAUGACUCGCCACAAAAUUUGAUUGAGCCUUUAGGGGACUUUAAUUUACAGAAUAACAAAUGUAAACCAAAAACCGUGUCCUGGUGUGAUGGCAAGACUGAUAACUGUGACCAGCGACAGCUGUCAGGGUGCGAGGAACCACAGCCCUACAGUGGCACUGAGAAACCUAAAUGUCCUGAAGAUAGAACUUCAGGAGAAAAUGAUGCAAAACACAACACAGCAGAAAUCCAGCAAAGCUCAGCUGAGCCCAGGGAGAGAGCAGCAGAUCUGGGUGAAGAAUCAGGAAGUGGUCCGAGCGCUAAGGAGACAGAAGGGCAAAGUGGCCCACGUCGCCUGGAGAAGAGCUUUUCCGAGGAGCAGGCAGACAGCAGGCUGAGGAGAGGGGAAGCAGUAGUGGUCCCACAAGGGCGCAGCACAGAGACGCUGCCCCAGGCUCUUCCCCGGCCUUCCAAGGCAGCUGGCGCACCCCGCCGCAGUGUGGCCCCCGCCUGGGUGAGGGAGGCCCCCGUGGCCACCUUGGGGGUCCGGUUUACUCCUCAUGCAGAGAUGGACCUUGAGCACCUCAGCUCAGUUGAACCAGGUGUUGGGCAGCCUUCAUUUAAAUAUUUUCAAUCAGCGGAGGAGGCAAGGAGUGCCAUCGAGGCUGUGUUGUCCGCCGACCCUCGGUCUGUAUAUCGUCGGAAACUCUGCCAGGAUCGUCUUUUCUACUUUACCGUAGACGUAGCACACGUCACGUGCUGGUUUGGUGAUGGCUUUGCAGAGGUCCUAAGGAUCAAGCCGGCUUCUGAGCCUGUUCACAUGAGUGACCCUGCAGAGUCCUUGGUGUCUCUGGGAUCGUGAAUAGCCUCCGUCGCGUCUUUCCGACAGCCUAAUUGACUUCACUGUGGCUGUUGGAUUUUCUGUACAAGCUAAUGAGGUGCCUUCCUUGCAGAAAGAAGCAACACUUUGUGAUCUCACUGCUUUGAUUGAUUUGGGUUGUUCAAGAUAUUUAUUUAAAAAACAUGUAUUUUAAUAAACUAAGGGACAUAGAAUUUGGAGAAAUCGCGAUAUCAUGAUCGCUUUUGAUCAGUUAAUAUUGAAGAAUCCAGAGGUGAUGCUGUGUCAGUGUUUUCUGAAAGAAGUCAAUUGUUGUUGGCAUUUGAUAAAACUGGACAGAAGCUGGGGAGAGGGAGAUGUGUUCAGCAAUUCAUGUUAGUUUUUUUGCCUGAAAAAACCUGAUGUCUCUAUUUUAUUCUAAAUCAAACUGUUACAGUAUCUUAAGAAACUAAUAAAUCAAAACCAAGUGGUUA